UAACCUAUCCUGUGUCCAUGGAUAAGUGUGGUCGAACAUGGCGGUUCCGUGGAGGCACUGUUGGAGAUGGAGUUCAAGCUCUUAUGGCAUAAGUUUACUAGAGACAAUAUGUAUUCCUAACAGGCUGACGGCCGCGUAUUCUGCUUCGUCGUUCCGAGGAACAUGUUCCCUGUCUAGGUCUGGAAACGAGGGUAGUUCAACAACCAGGCCUGUUUACAUGAAUCAUCAAAUCAAUUCAGCUUUGACAAGGCACAAGUCAAGACUGCUGUACCCCACACCAAACCUUCACUGCUGUCAGAGAAUACACAGUGAUGCUAAGCUAAAGGAUCCAUUCACACUAGCCCAAAAAGACUUGAAACAUUUGUACGACGACAUCAAGAAGGAGCUCUUUGUGUCUAAAUCAGAGCUUAGGUCCCUGUGUGAUUACUACUUCGACGGGAAGGGCAAGGCCUUCAGACCCAUGAUAGUAGUGCUAAUGGCUCGGGCAUGCAACAUCCAUAGCCACAAGGACGGAGAUCUCCUGCCCGGACAGAGGUCGAUAGCCAUGAUCUCAGAGAUGAUCCACACUGCCAGCCUGGUCCACGAUGACGUCAUCGAUGGCUCGGACAAGCGGCGGGGGAAGACCACCAUCAACGAAGUGUGGGGCGAGAGGAAGGCUAUAUUAGCUGGAGACUUUAUCCUGUCUGCAGCCUCCAUGGCUCUGGCCCGUAUAGGAGACAACACCGUGGUGUCUGUUCUGUCGCAGGUUAUAGAGGACCUGGUCCGAGGUGAAUUCAUGCAGCUAGGCUCCAAGGAAAACGAGAACGAGAGAUUCAAGCACUACCUCGAAAAAACCUUCAAGAAGACCGCAAGUCUCAUCGCAAACAGCUGUAAAGCAGUAUCCAUUCUGGUGAACUCUGAUCCCGAAAUCCAUGAAAUAGCCUUCCAGUAUGGUCGCAACGUUGGAAUCGCAUUUCAGUUGGUGGAUGAUGUGCUGGACUUCACAUCAAGUGCUAGCCAAUUAGGAAAGCCCUCCGCUACAGACCUCAAGCUGGGCUUGGCCACUGGACCAGUUCUAUUUGCUUGUCAACAGUUCCCAGAGCUGCACGCCAUGAUCAUGAGGAGGUUCAGCACCAGUGGAGACGUGGAUCGGGCCUGGCAGUACGUCCUGCAGAGUGACGGGGUGGAGCAGACCAGCUUCCUGGCCCAGCGUUACUGCCAGGAGGCCAUCCGCCAUGUCAGCAUGCUGACGCCCUCCCCAGAGAGAGACGCCCUCAUCCGCCUCACAGAGCUGGUGCUCACCCGGGACAAGUGAGGCCCUGCGCCCAGGGCUUCACCUCAGGCAGCUACCUAGGGAAGGCAGCCCCCCACCACCACCACCACCAGGAGGAGACAGCGCUUCAGAGCAGUGGUCUUCAGCCCUGGUCCUCAGGGCCCACUGUCCUGUAUGCUUUAGAUGUUUCCCUGCUCCAACACACCUGGUCCAAAUGAAUGGGAUGUUGUCAGGCGUGAUUAACGACUUGUUUAUUUGAAUCAGGUGUGUCGGAAGAGGGAAACAUCGAGAACAUGCAGGGCAGGGGACCCUGAGGACCAGGGUUGAGAAAGGCUGAUCUAGGGAAGAGGAGGAUAUGAGGGCACCGGUUCCGUAAAACAAUUAAGAAUUCAGUUUCUGAAAGACUCACGCGUGCAGGUUGUCUUGCACAACCAUCGUGCGAUCUUUGAUUCAAAGUUUAAACGACACAACUGAAUUCAGCUUUGAUCGAUCCGUUACACUACUCCACGUCUCCCUCUCUCAUCCUGUCCAGCAGGGGUCACUGACAACUGUUUAUACUCUGUUGUCUCCAGGAUAACCAGGAGACUCUCAUGAUUGUCACAUCUAGGAAGGGAGCCCCACUUAUUUUCAAUUAGAUUCAAUUACCCUCACUAACACCUCAAACCAGAUUUUUUAAAUCAUUUAAUGAAUCCUAUAACACCGCUGUGAAGUUUAACCUGUUGUCACUGGAGCACAUGGAGUGGGGGGGGAGAAGGGACAUUGCUUUAUUGUUAUGAUCACUGUAUACAGUACUGUAAAACAAAGAGGCAAUGGUCUGUACCUCAAUCUAGCGCACUUCUCUCAAUGAGGGCAGAUUUUAUUACAGGCUAGGUUUGGGGCAGGCUAGGCACUGCAGAAUCAUUGUAAUUCCAAAUGAGUUGGAACACAGAGUAUCGUUGUUGUCGUCUAGGUGUUUGAUGGAUCUGCGUUGUUAUUAUACAUGAGCCGUCCUCACCAUAUAGGCCAAAUGUCAUGGUGCUCAUUAACAACCAAGGCCUUAACAUCCACAAAUGAGCAAAUACUCAAAUAAAUAAAAAAAAGUAUUUUUUAAGUCAAGCCUUACCCUGUCUUUUAAUGUGCAUGGACCACGCCACAUUAUUCAUAGAAUGGUUUAUUAUAAAAGACUGUACAUUAAUUUGUUCAAUUAACAUAUAUAUACAAAUUAAGGGCAGAGAGAAAGACGAGUAUUAAAUAUUUUCACCCGUGAAACUGAGCAGGAACACUUCUAUACCUUUGAUAUAACAAAGCACACAGACAGAAGUUUCAAGGCAUUGGCAGCAAUAUCCUGAAAAAGGUCAACAUUGAUGAGCGCAGUUAAUCCUGUGUCGCAUGAGUCCAUUCAGGAAAGACUAUCAGGAAUGAGGAAACUGAUUACUCUAGCGUAAGGUUCCAUUCUAACCUCACAUGAAAAAAAUUAAAACACCAACCUAAAAAGCCAUUAAUCGAUAGUCAGAUUGGUAAAACACAGGUAUACUAUCACUAGAGCUAUGAAGAGUAUAGACAAAGUGAGAGGAAUCAUUCUGGGUCAAUAAGGAAGGAAGCCACUUGGCAUCAAGAUGGUUUCCAGACCUGAGUUAUCAAACCAGAUUCAAAUGAUGACAGUUGAGAAACAGGAAGAGCUACAGUAUACAUUUGUUCAUUCUUGCUUUUCGGGAUGUGAAGGAGGUAUACGUUGUCAGAUCGGUCUCCUUUAUAGCACUGAACUGUAAAACCGGCAGAGCGUUUAUGCACAAAACAACAAAACAGUUUGAGAAUUGAGCCCAGAAACACUAAAAUUUACAUCUAUCAUAUCCAUUAUUGAUUGUUAACAUUAGAUACUUAAUAGCAUACAAAAAAACUGUAGGCUAUCUACAGAUAUUCCAUUUUGUUCAGAUUAGUAAGACUUUAUUAAUGUUGACAUGUUCCCUAAACUGUGUUUUACACACACAAUGAUGAGAAACGGGAGAUGUUCACAAGUUGAGACUUUUAUACUCUGGAUCAGAAUGACUACUUGACCUGAAAUAUUGUCAGAUGUAAGAAAUCAUCUUGUACACUUAAUAUUAAAUGUUUAAGUACAGACCAUAAACAUUGUUUAAGUCUCAACAAGUCAGUGAUUCAACAAUAUAAUAAAACCUAAAUUGCAUAUACAUAACAUAAUUAUAAUGGCAUAAAACAAAGAUUAUACACAUUUCUCCGAAUUUUGUAUGCAUGCUUUACACCAAGACUGAAUGUUAAGUAUAACCGGUUGGGUAAAAAAAGAAAGAAAUGCUGCUAUUCAAACAGCUUCAAACUUCAAAAUCGAUCAGUCUUGAUUAUGAAAUGGCACCAUAUGGUAAAA